AUGGCUGGCAAGGACUCAGAGGAUACUUUUACCAAAUUCAUUCCUUUCGAAACCAUACCAGACUACGUAUCUAGCUGCAAGCUCGAUGGCCUCCAGGGUAUCCGCCUCGGUGUGCCGCGGGCAAGUUUCGUAAACACGACAAAGCCUGCAGCGGUUUCUGCAUUUAACGCUGCCUUAGAAGUCCUACGGUCAGCAGGCGCAGAAAUAGUGGAGGAUACUAACUUUUCGGACUAUGUCGAUAACAUUUGGACGGACGACGCAAAACUGAUAUACGCACUGGACUUCAAAACUGGCCUCAAACGUUACUUGGAGCAUCUGGAACACAAUCCCAACAAUAUUCAUAAUCUUGACGAUCUCAUUAGGUUUACCAAGAAUACACCUGCCGAGGAAUGGCCAAAAUAUGAUGUCGGCAGCUGGGAAUUCGCCGCUUCUCUUCCCUACGAGGACAACGCCGUUCCGGAGUUUGCUCAAGCUCAAGCUAGGCACUUAUAUCAUGGUACUAGUGGUUCAAUCACUGGCGCUAUCGAGCGUUACAACGUCGAUGCUCUCAUCACCUUGACCGAUUACGGCAACCACCCUGCGGGUGCAGGAGGCUUGCCUGUGGUCUCUGUUCCGCUUGGGUUUGCGCCUGAAGAAACACCACUCAAGAUCUUGCCAUCUGGCCUUGCCGAGGACGGUCCAGGGUUCCCAUUCAACAUUGCAUUUCUGGGCCCUGCUUUUAGCGAGGAACGUCUACUAAAUUAUGCUUAUGCAUUCGAGCAACGAACUCAUGCUCGCCUUGCAAGGCAGCCAUACAAAAUGCCUGAAUCGGACAUUGUAUAG